AUGUCGGACGAUUUUGCGGCUCCCAUAAAGGGUAUUAUAAAGGCACUAGAUGCGGGGAUAAAGUUAACGAAGAGGGUUGCGAGAUCUGCGAGCGAAGGGCCCAGUAAUUUUAUUUAUAUAUCGGAGUUGGCACAAAAUCUGCAGAAGAAUUUGGAAAAGACUAGUCAGGCUAUUGCGGAUGCUUAUAGAGAUGCUGUAGGAUCAUACGGUGAAGAUUUUGCUAAGGCGUUGAUGGAGGAUGAAUCUAUUCAAAAUCGAUUGAGAGAGGUUAAGAUUGAUCUGAGGGAUCAAAUUGAUGAAUGUCAGGAUUUCGAUGAAAAUCUCGAAUCUUUUCAAGCGUCAGCUUUCACAAAUGUCAAACAACAAUCGAAAAGAUGUCGGACGGAAUGUACUUUUAUUUUCAACAAUCUUCGGGAUCGGAUAGAUCAGACGGAUCGUCAUCACUUUCGGAUGGAGGAUAGAUCCCCCCCAUUGAGUCCUGCACACGUACCGAUUAUGGAACAAUCUCCGCGAAGACCACCGGUAACAGGUCCUAUAAAUCCUACCGCUCCACCAUAUUCAUCACUGCCCUCCCGAAUUGAUAGACAAAUUAUCGAUCAUAAAGUUUCACUAUCUGAUCCUCCAAGGAGGUCUCUCAAAAAGGAAGAUCCAUGGAGUUUGAGUGGGCCAUAUUUCGAUGAAGGACCAAGGACUCCUCCUCGUGGUCAAUCUCCAGAACCAAGUUAUCAAGAAUCGAUACAGGCCACACCCCCUCCCAAAUAUGGAUAUGAAACGCCACCUUCAAAGCAAAUAUUAAUAGCCAAAGAGCUGGUAUAUCAACGACUAAAUGCGAAUGAGGAAUUUUUAGAACGAAGAAAACAGUCUCGUAUGUCAUUUCAUAACGAAAUACGAAAAUCAGUCUCCUCGAUAGAAGAGAAUAGGGCAAGCGAAACUUUUAGUGAUGGAUCGAUGCUUACAUCUCCUUGGUCUUCAUAUUCUUCAGCUAGUAGUCCGAUAGAGAGGCAUAAUUCUAGGGGAAGUGGAUAUGAUGAUUUGAUAGGACGGAAAAGGAGUCAAGUUCAGACUUCUCAGGGAGGAAGUUCGAGGAAUGGAUCAUUACGGGAUCAAGAUGCUACACCUGCAUCUUCGAGUACGACGAAACCGGACAAUGAAUAUUUCCCCACUGCCUCACUGAAACCUCCGACGCCAAUCUCGGCGACGCCAUUGAGUCCUGGUAUUAGCGAAUAUCAACCUUCGGAGUCAGGAACUUCAUUAUGGUUGAAAAGUCCAGUUAGUCCACCAAUGUCUGAAAUACGUGAUCCGGCAUCAUGGGGUAGACUAGCACCUGCAACCACAACCCCAACCUCUACUACAUCCUUAGCUACCACAUUACAACUGCCUGGUUUUGGUAAUGGAGUUGAAGAUGGAUUAGAAGUUGUUCCCAUUAUCGAAAGUGGUUUAGAAGUUGUGCCAACACAAGAUCCCGAGCCAGUACCAAUACAACCUUCGAAUCCCAUUCCAGAAAAUCGAAGUCAAAGUCAAUUAGCAAUGCAUAGAGCCACUCCUUCAACGAGAAGUAUAGAUUGUCCUAUGCGACAUGAUAGUUCGUUUUAUAAAUUCGAUGGAUUUUGUCCGGGGGCUAAAGCGAUGAUUAGAGGGGAAACUGGAUUUAAAGUUGUGAAGAGACCUUCGGGCCAUUAUAGUGCUACUCUGAGUGCGAGAUGUAUUAAAUGUGCUUAUGAGGUUGGAUGGAAUGAUGUGGAAAAAGAUAGAUUACUUGAUCGUUCUGGUAUAUAUUCUAAUACCGGUAUUCGAUGGCGUCAGCGAUUCAUUUCCAAAUGUCAUCUUAAAACAUCUUCAAUAGAUGAUCCUAUCUAUGGUUGUAUAUUCUGCAUUGAAGAUCAUCGCACAGUUGAAGAACACGACGCAACCGUUUUCUUUAGCGUAACAUCCCUAUUUCGUCACUUAGCCCGUCAUCCUCGUCCACUUCCUCAAGUAGCAGGUAUUACAACAGUCUACGGAAUUCAACCUCCUUCAGUCCUUGAUUUCGAUAUCCAAUUCACAAUUCACGAACCUAAAUUUUCUCCCUAUUGCAUGUCUGAGAUCUCAUCGAAAGUAGCAUCUCGUCCUACUGCUCAUGCAACCACAACCCAUCAUCCAAAGCCUGUCGCUAAAACUUUUCGGGAUCCUGACGGUCAACAAAGUAUGCAUUUUGCAGACGGUGCAAAAAUUGUGGGGAUAUCGUUUCCGGAACGCUUUGGAGGUACAUGGUGUAUAGGAUAUCAUGAUGGCGAACGAGGAUCUUUUCCCGCAAACACUGUUUCUUUCCUCUCACCACCGCGAGAUGAAGUAAAAAUGAUUCCACAGAGUUCCCUUCAAGCAGUCGCGAAAUGGGAUUGGAAACCGAAAGAUAAAGAAGAGGGAUGGCUUAAGUUCUCGAAAGGAGAGAGAAUAUAUAGUGUAGGAUAUGCUUGGCAAGAUCAAUGGUGUUGGAGUGGUUGUACUAGUAAAGGAAAAUGGGGACUUUUUCCAAGUAGUUUCGUGGAGGAUUUAAUAAGUACGGAUUCGUCAUCUGGUAAUGCUAAAGCGUCGAAGAUAUUAGGCACGGAUAUUGAGAAAAAGGAAAGAGGGGGGUUAGGAGCAGCAUUUGGUUUCUCGGGAGGAAAAGGGAGGAUGGUUAGUUUUCCUUCUAGUUUGAGUAGGAAUCGGAGUGGGAGGGGUCCACAGAGUCCGGUACAGAAAGAGGGAGAGGCGUUGAGGGAAAGAAGUGGGAGUUCGCUGAGUGGCUUGAUGGGGUAUGGACAUCGCAGGGCGGCGAGCGUGAGGAGUAAUGGGAGUUCGGCGAGUACGCCGAGUAGUCCGUUGGUGGGCGUGCAGUCGGGAUUGGAGGUGGAUGGGGGGGUGAGACCGGGGACUUCCGGGGGUGAUGGGGGUGGGAGUGGGAGCGGGAGUGGAAAUAGAGGGAGUAGUGGAAGUGUAGGGUCGGCUUCGAAGGGCGCACCGGGGAAUGGGAAUAGAGGGAGCAAUGGGAGUAUGAGUGGGGGGAUUCUGGGGAGUAGUUGGUUGAGGAGUUAG